UCGCAUGGUGCCGUUGAGCUCCGCUAAUUUCGCUGUGUGCACAACCCCAGCGACCCGUGCGGUGAUGGCGAGGAAACCCCGUUGACAAGACACUGCUUUUUCAUGACGCCCAGCCUGUUACAAGAGAAUAAGGCUGUUACAUGACUGAAUCCAUGCUUCCUGGUGGACUUCUGUGUCAUGGAUGAUGACGACGAUUGCCGUCUUCUGGAUAUUUUAGGAGAUGUGGAGGCAUUGAACGAUUAUCUCCAUGGCGGCAAUAGCAAAUCUAUUGGAGAAGAUGACGUGACAAAUGCAGCUUAUGGGUCAGAUGGAUCUUUUUUUGCUAAUGAGACAACUGGCUGCAACACUGGCCUCAAGGAUGGCUCUUCUUCAAUGGGUGACUUUGAGGAGGACCCAGCUGGGGCAGGCCUCCACCUCUCCAGUAGCCUCUCAUUUAUUGACGAUGAAUUGGGGACUGGGAGCUCCCCUGAAGGGGUGGACCUUGGUGGAGAGGAUCAGCCCUUUGACAUUCUCCAGAAGUCUCUCUUAGAGGCCGACAUUACAGAGCAAACAUUGGCCCAGGAGGCCUUGUUGGACUCCCAGCCUGCACCAAAUCUUGUGCAAGCUCCAGUUUCCUUCCCCUCCCAGCUGGUCUCUGGGGGUUAUGGAGGUGGACUAGGUGUGGUAACCACUGCAACAGCUGCAUUCCCAGCAGGUCAGGUAUUGCAAGGAGUAUCUCCACUGGCAAAUGGCUCCACCCAGCAUAUCCAGGUCUUGGGGUCGUUUGGGGCGAGUGGUGGUGUAAUGACUCUGAGCAGCUUGGAAAGAACUCCCCAGAUUGUCCUAAGGCCAGGGGUGCCUGUAGCUCCAGCUGUGACUACGGCAGGGGGGCAGGUGUUUGCCCCAACCCAAGGGCAGGUGAGCCAAGUGGGCUUACCAUUCAAAAACAUCCCCCUUCAAAACAUCAUCAUUCAGAGAGGCCCUGGAGGGACCCAGGCUAUUGUUCGACCAAUCCAGCCUAAACCCUCUCAAGCGGCGUCUCAGACUGUCUUCAGCCUUGGUCUUCAACCCACUCCCUCUACCCUGGGUAAUGUUGUAAACGCUAACACUGCUGCUCCUGGAGGACAGUACACAGCUAACGGUUCAAUAGUGGUGCAGCCAUCAAUGGAUCAGCAACAAAUACACAGCCAGACAAAUAUACCACCAGGACAGUACUUACUACCCAACUCUUUGACGCUUACUCCGUCCAACACCAUCCACAAUGGCUCUGCCAAUCCUGGCUCAAACACCCUAAUCACCAACCAAAACACAGUACAGAUUGCACCGGGUCAGAACUUCUCUGCACCACCAGGAAGUCAGCUAAUCCUAAACCAGGGAGCGUUGAGUGGGACUCAGGUUGUGGGGACCGUAACUCAGACAUGGACAGGAGUUUCCUGUGCGAGCUCCACCCCUCUACAAACAUCCUGCGCUUCUGGGCGGCUGACUCUGGUUGGCUCGGCAACAAUCGGGAUUGGGGGUCAAGGCCUAGCAUCCUCUUGUCCAGUGCAGCGCCUUCUAGUGACUCAAACACAGAACUCCACUUCUCUGUCUCCUUUACCCAGUAAUGUGACACAGGAACAAAAAGAUUUUAGACAGAAUUCCCUGUCACCUGCAUUUAAACAGGCACAGGCCAGCAACAUCCAUGCCCUGAAAACCAUUACACAAGAUUCAACGCUAAACUCUGAGAAAAGACCUUUCGGUCCAUCACUAACAAGAACAGAGCAGAUUCUUCACCAGCUGAGGAAGGAUCAUGCUGGAGUUCAGAACCCAAAUCGCCGAAAGUUCACUUCGGUUGAAGACGCGCUGCAAAGACUGCUCCCUUACCAUGUGUUCCAGGGGGCUCCACCAUGCCAGGACGAGUUCUCACAAGUGGAUGAGGAGUUUGAGGACGUUGCGACUCACGUGGUGAUGAAGACCCAGUCCAUGGUUAAUAAAUACAGACGACUACUGAUGGUGGAGGCUGAACGCUCCAACCCUUCAUCGGAAAUGGUGAUGAUCGACAGGACCUUCAACCAAGAGGAGCGCAGCAACCUGACACAGGACAAACGCAUGGUGCUAGUGGAUCCAGAUGGCUUCCUUGAGGACUUCUGCUGUGGAAAAAAAUCGAAGGUUUUCAAAGAACCCUUUUCCUCUCAAUCGGAGAACACUUGGGAUCAGUCAGAACAAGGCUCUGCGGAGCCAGAGCACAGGACAGACUUCCAGCCCGAGUUUGGAGACCCGGGAGGGGGCGAGGUUGCGGGACCAGUUCCAACAGACAGUUUGCCCCCUCCUCACUUAGAAAACCAGAAGAUUUUGGAACUGAAGAGACGGCAGCAGAGCUCCGGGUCGAGCAGCGGUGGCAACAGCCCAGACGCUGCCAACAGUUACACACAAGGUAAACCUUCACAUUUUGCAGCAGCUGCAGGAGGACAGACUCACUGCCAGGCGUCGCCCCACCUCACCUCCCAGCCUCAGUACUCGCCCCAGCUCACCUCACCCCCUCACCUGGACACAGAUUCUGCAUUAGAGGCGGCAGUCAACAGCAUCCUUGAAUGUUAAGACAGAUUCCCCCUAUCAUCCCUAAUGUGUAUGACUUCUGUUUUGCUUGUAGGUACCUAUGUAUUAUUAUUAUUAUUUUUUGUUGUUGCUGUCAAACUCCAUUGUGGAGAACAGUUUACUCUAGUGAUAUGCAGCCAUGUAGCAUUUGUGUAGUUUGCAUUGGAAGGUUUUUGAGGCAUUACGUCUGCAAAGCGUCAGAGGUGUAGGCGGGCACUUAUAAAGAUCCGGGAAUGUGUGCAAUGCAGCAGAUCAAAAAAAAAACUUUUUUUGAAACUGUUCUGAAUGCAAGAGUAAUCCUAUCUUCACACAUUUUACAGUUUGUGCCAUUUAAGUUUCCUCCCAAAUUCAUGGGUGGAUGAUGAAGAGGGGGGCGAAGCGGCGUCUCUGUGCCUGACUCUUGGUUUUUAUAUGACAUGUUUACACAAAGAAGCUCUAUUCAGAAAUAUUUACUCCCUGUGUUCAUAAUCCUGACACAAACAGUGCAAACUUUCCACUCUGACACUUUUUUUUUGGUAGAAUUUCAAAAUAGGUUUGUGUUUGUGAAGAUACAUCCUCAGAUUUUGGAAGAUGUGUUGAUUUGUUUCUUUUCAUUUUUAUUUUCUUGACUUUAAAAAGCAGGACUGGUUUUGGUUCUUAUUUUAUUAGGUGAUACUUGUUUGCCAGUUUAAAACUCUGCCUUCAUGAUGCAUUCAAAUAUUAAUCAUAUCUGCCUAUGUUGUUUUUAAUGCUAUCUAUCAGCAUGUUUGCGUGUGUUUUAUCUGCAUUUUCACACUGCGGUUAUGAUUGAUUUCAGGUAGCUUGCCACGCUCUUUGCUUCGUGUUUUCACUUUUCAGUUGUUAACCAGCGGUUCUCCGGUUUCCUCAGUUUUCCCUCUCAGCAGCACAACCAAAAUAAAACGGGAAACAGAGCAGUCGGCUUCGGGUCAGUUCGCCUCUUUGCCAUUUUGUAACCAUGUGUUGCCAAGUCAUCCCUCCCUACUUCCAUUUUGUAGCCUUGUACUUAAAAAUUUUUAUUAAUUUACAUUUUUAUAUAAAAUAUGAACCAUGUAAAAAUGAUAAAAUGUCAUGUAUCAUUUGUUUGUAAAUUUAAAGAUUCUAUUUACAUUUUCCCUCUGAUUCCAGUCAACUUUAUAAAAUUAUGAUGGAUUAUGACUUCUGAUCCAAUCAAGAUCGCUCUAAGUGACUUCCCAUUGUAGAUAUUCGCCAGUAGAACCACAUAACCGCAUUUCCUUACAGCAGACUAAUAGAGCUUAAAAAGUGACGUCAAACUCUACCAGCUACAAAAAUUCCUGAGGCACACAGGAAUCUGUACAAGGUCUCCAUCCGACUUUUCACCAGUCUGUAGACCGCUCCUUUUCGUGCCCGGAACGAAUGGCAAGGGGUCAAAAUGACCCAAACCCGAGUGGUCUUAUUCAGAAUCCACCUCAGAUCUUCUUUUUUUUUUUCUGGGUAAUUAAAAACAGACCUUUUUUUCAUUUAAAGCUGUAAAAAAUAUAUCCUGAUUUUAAAUAUUUUUUAUGUCACUUCAAAGCUAGAAAUCAAUAAUUCUUAGUGAUUGAUGAUUAAUCUUGAACUGCUUAUGUUUUAAGAUGACCUUUUUAAAAACAAAUCUGCACUGAAACUGCUUUCACAACCAAAGGUUAAUAAUUCUGGACAGCGCUUCUUUUAAACUCCUGUUUAACCAAUAUGCUUGCUAACCUCCAGGAGCAGACUAAAGGGCCUUUUCAGCAGGGUGAUGGAGAUAAUUUUUGUUUCUUCUUUUGAGUGCCAGUGACUAUCACAGCCUGCUUGUAUUUCUGCCUGAACCCUUGUGAUCAUCUAGCAGCUACUACACAGAGAAAACGUAGAUUUGACAGCAAGGUAGAUUUUGCAUUUGCACCUACUGCAAGAUUUUGUGCCUCUAUAUCGCUUGAGCCCACAGUAAUGUUGUGCUUGCACAGAGCAGCACAUGCUGGUGAAACACUCUGCUAUCUGGAUGCAUAUCACGGUCUCCGGGCUCUGGAGGGAACAUACUGUGCUCUCUCUCUUCCUUCACUCCUGUACUGCAGUCUCUUGUUUUGUUUUUUUAUCCAUUUUUUUUUUCUGUUAGUUUAUCUCACUUGAUUUGUAUAGUUUGUUUUGUAUAAAAAAAAAAGGAAAAGUUAAACAUAAAAUAUUUAUAAUUUUGUAUGGAUAAAAAAAAUAUUGUUUCACAAAAACAAGAAAACAAGAUUGAAAAUAUUUUUUUUUAUUGUGUUGGCUGAGAGGCCAGAUGUCAGGAAAAGACUGUCAUUCCCUCAUUUGUAGCUACUGUGUGUUCACUACAGCAGCGAGGAGACUCAACAAUAAAUUCAUUUUGAACACAAUAACAAAAGCA